GUGCAGCUCCACACACACACACACACACACACACACACAGAGCUUGCUCUGAGCACCGUCUCUACUACUCAGCAUAUCUGCUUCUCUUUUCCACUAAAAUAACCACAUUAUACAGACAUGGGUGUUGAGGUUGAGACGAUAUCUCCAGGUGACGGAAGAACCUUUCCAAAGAAGGGACAGACAUGUGUAGUGCAUUAUAUAGGAAUGCUGCAGAACGGAAAAAAGUUUGACUCCUCGCGAGACAGAAACAAGCCAUUCAAAUUCAAAAUCGGCCGACAGGAAGUCAUCAAGGGCUGGGAGGAAGGCGUUGCACAGAUGAGCCUAGGCCAGCGGGCGAAAAUCACCUGCACUCCAGAUAUGGCAUACGGAGCUACAGGUCACCCUGGGGUCAUCCCUCCUAAUGCCACGCUCAUCUUCGACGUGGAGCUUCUAAAGCUGGAGUGAAUCCUCCUCGUAAAAGAAGGUGGAAACUCCAACUUGCUGCCCCGCCAUGGAAACGCUUCCCGUAUAUUUAGGGUCUCAAACUACACACUCGGAUUAUCCUCUUCUUCGUUGCAAACUUGUGCUGCAUAUUUCACCUAGCUCAUUUCAAACACGUGAAACACUACAGGCUCGAUCUGCGCCUAAGCGAUGUCCUUUUCCAUUUCCAACGAACAGCACAUCGAAUUAUUAAAUCAGCAUAACGUACAUAUGUGGAUGAAAACCACUGGCUUACUGUAUUUGAAAUGGAAGCAUGGUGCAAUAGAAGUGACCGCUCUGCUCUUCUGUAUAUUAAGGGCAUUAACAACCACUGUCUGCAUUGCCACUUUUGAUAUAACUAUGUCCAGCUAAAUGCAUAUGAAACAAUAAUCAUGUUGCUGUAAGUAAUAAUAUUUUAUAUGUAUCCCUUAUACAAUUUGCUGCAAAUAUCAUAGGAGUUCACAAAACCUUGCCUAUAUCUGGAACAAACACUGUAUCAUGGAGUGCUUUGGCAUCUUUAAAUAUUUUAUCAGUUGAUCUCUUAAUAAAUAUAUUAUUAUUUGGAA